AAAAAGUUGUUGUACGUGUUACGUUGCAUUGAAUUCGCAUCAGCUUAAGUUCCAAAUCAAUCCUACUUACGUUCGUUCAUCUCAAAUCAAUCACAUUCAAAAUCCUCGUGUGCGCAGCAAUAAUAAAGCAUCGACCGUCAAUCUGGAGUUGUGUGUGGAGUGUACGUGUACGUUUACGUGUACGUGUCAUACUACACUGACUGUGCACACAAGCUGCGGCAGCAGACAUGCGCUAUGGCCGCGCAAUAUCCGCGCCUGCGCCGCCACAGAACGAUGACAGCCAUAUGUUUUGUAUGCAAUUUACCGAUCCUCUCUCAUCAAGUGGGUCUGGUAUGGCAAGGUGGAAAUGGUUGGGAUGACCUGAUGCGUGAACAAGUUGAAGAGAGCACAAUUCGACAACGUUUGGGUGGACGACGUGAUUCUGCUGCACAAAUUAAUAGCAUAUCACCACCGAUUGAAAUACAGGGCAUGUCUCCCCCUAAUACACCACAAGCCCGUCGACGUCGAAGUUCAUUAGCUCAACUAACAGAUAUAUUACGUGAGUGGGGUGGUGGUGGCUCAAAUACUAAACGUAAUAAAGCACCAUUAUGUCGUCGUGAAACAUUGGCUGAUUUAGCUAGAAGUCUACCAUGGGGACGUCAAACAACACAAGAUGGUACAUCAUCAACAAUACCUGGUGGUGGUCACGGGCAUCAUGGUACAUCGAAACGACGUGAAUCAAUUGCUGAUAGUGGUAUUAAAUCAUUUUCAAGUACAAAAUCAAGACGUGAUUCACAUUUAACAUCGUUAUCAGACUUUCGGAAUGAUUUCAUGAAAAGUUGGUCACGUAAAGAUUCAACAACGGUUAUUGAACCAUCGGUUAAUGGAUACCAACGACGUGGUUCUGGUGAGAGUGCACGUAGCGGUGGUGGCCGUCGUGAUUCAACAACAAAAAGUAUUAGUCGACGUGGAUCUGGUGAAAGUGCACGCAGUGGUCGCCGUGAUUCUACGACAAUUAUUACACCAUCACCACCGAAAAAGGUUGGCAGUGUACAUCAUCAUCAUCACCAUCAUCAUCACAAAAAGCGGCGUGAUUCACGUGCUGUAUCUGACCAAACAUCAACGUAUUAUAGACAAGACCAAAGACCAUCUACAUCGUCGACAGCUAGUGAUUCAGCUCCAAUUACAGCUGCAUUGUUAUCAUCGCAACAGCAAAGCAACAACAACAAUUGCAUAACAAUACCAACAACAAUCAUACAAAUACAAGCACCUAGCGGUACACGUAUUGAUAGCAGCACACAAGCAUUACCACCACCAACAAUUAUAACAUCAGCAGCUAUAACACCACCAGCGACAUCACCCACAAUACCAAUACCACCAACAACACCCACAACGGUUGUUGUUGUUAAUAAUAGUAGUGGGGGUAAUAGUAGUCCUAUCGGUGGUGGUGUUACACCACCACCAACAACAACAGCAACAGCCACGACAGCAACGACACCCACACAUCAUCCACCUGGAUCGUUGCUUGGAACACGGCGUGAUUCAACAACACAAUGUGGUAUACGAUUAAAUAGACGUGAUUCACGUACAGGACAUGCAAGUCCUGAUCGAUCUGGACGCUUGUUACGUUUACAACGGCAAGCAACAGCAAUUGAUGAAACAUGUUUACCACCUGGUACAUGGAGUCGUCGUGGUUCACAACCAUUACUAAGCCCUGAUGUUGAUACAGAUGGUUCUUCACGUAAAGCACGUCGUGAUUCAUUAAGUCCUGAUUCAGCAUCACAUAGUCGACGUGAAUCACGUACACAUUUAAGUCCAGAUCGUUCAACUGAACGUGAUGUUAGUCCAGUGCGUAGACAACAUCGUCGUGGACGUUUACGCCGUCAAUCAACAUCAAUAGCAGCAGGAGGACCAGGUGGUCCAGGUAGUCGUAGACAAUCAAUGAGUCAUUCACAUUCACCUCGAUCUCCAGAUUCAAGUAGUUGUUCAUCUAGAGAUCCAUCACCAUCGAAUCGUGGUGGUGGUGCAUCAUCACGUAGUGAUAAUGAACAUCAUCGUCCAGCAAUACGUAGACAAUCAACCACUGAAGAAAUAUUAAUAGCAAGAGGAUUUCGUCGACAAAGCACAACAGAAGAAAUGAUACGAUGUCGUAAUUUUCGACGGCAAUCAUCACAAAGUGACGAUACAUCACGUUAUCGUGGUCGCCGUGAUUCAUGUGCACAGAUUACUGAUGGUACAAUUGCAUCGAUGACUGUCGAAACAACAAGUACAUUUUUUGAUUCCAGUACACAAACUGAACCAUCACCAUUAUAUGACAACAAUCAUUAUCACGAAGAAUGUUUACGAUGCAACAGUUGUGGUUUAAAUUUAACAGGGCCAAAUCAGAAGCGUGCACGUCGCUUCAAAAAUCAUAUAUUGUGCGAUCUACAUUUCGCUGAUGUUGCACUAAUGGAGUGCUCGGAUUUUAUGCAACAAUUACGUUCAUUUAAACCCCAAUCGUUAGGGUGUGCUGUAGCACGACGAAAAUCAUCAACAACAUUAAUAUUUCCAUUACCACCACAAGCUUGUUCAGAUGAAUUUUGUGAAGAAUUUCCACAUAAUUUAAUACCAAUGCCUGGUUAUUGGAUUGAAUGUUCACGACAAAAGAUCAAUUCAGAUACAAUAUGGGACCAAAGUGAAUCUGAACAUGAGUUAAAUGAAGCUAACGAAUAUGAAGAAAAUCCUGAUUUUUGUGUCAGUGAUUAUUCAGAUAAUGGCGGGGGUGGAGGCGGUGGUCAUCAUAUGGGACAUCAACAAAGUAAUGAUAAAGAUUGUAACAAUUUUAAUGAAAAUGAUGAAAAUAAUGAUGAUAACGAUGACGAUGAUGAUCUGGAUGGUGAUAUGAUGUUGACAGCACGUAAGAAAACAGUAAUUGAAGAACAAUGGGAGAAAAUGCAAGGUUUUGAAUUAACGAGUGUAGAACAAGAAACGUAUGAAAAAUAUUUUUAUGGAACAGAACAUUGGAAUUAUUUUACAAAUGAUGAAGAUUUAGGGCCUGUUAUAUUAUCAAUCAAACAAGAAACAUUAAAUGCACGUGAUCAAUUUAGAAUAUUAGUACGUGCAAUCAGUUAUACCGUACACGGUUUAAUACCAGCAUCAUGUGUGUUCGCUGAUCGUUAUAAUCGUGAAGAAGUUGUGCGAUCCUUAGGUAAAGAAGUAAAUAUUUCACCACCAUUAACAUUAGGACAAUUACCAGACACACCAGAAGAACUACUAAAAUUAGAUCAAGUCUUUAUAAAAAGUGAAUUAAAAGUAGGUGUGAUCUAUGUAAAAGAAGGGCAAUAUAAUGAAGAAGACAUUUUAGAUAAUAAUGAUAAUUCACAAUUAUUUGACGAAUUCUUACAAAUCUUAGGCGAUAAAGUACGAUUAAAAGGUUUUGAUAAAUACAAAGGUGGUUUAGAUACCGUUCAUGAUUUAACUGGAAUUUAUUCAAUUUAUACACAUUGGCGAAAUAUUGAAAUUAUGUUUCAUGUAUCAACUCUGCUACCAUACGAAAAACAUGACCCACAAAAACUGCAACGGAAACGUCACAUUGGAAAUGAUAUUGUAUGUGUGGUAUUCUUAGAAGCAGACAAUACAUCCUUCUCACCAUCAUGCAUUAAAUCUCAUUUCUUACAUACGUUUAUCUUGGUAAGAACAUCACCACGUAUUAAACGAAAACCAACUCGAUACGAAGUAAGUGUAGUGACUCGAGAUGAAGUUGGUGCUUACAAACCGUAUUUAUGGGAACAAAGCGUAUUUGACAAAGGUCCAAUGUUUCGUGAAUGGUUACUAACAAAAAUUGUGAAUGGUGAACGUGCCUCAUAUUCAGCACCAAAAUUUGCACGUAUGCAAGAACGUACACGAUCACAAAUGUUAGAGGAUAUUGUUGCAAAUUUAGCUAAUCAUGCUGAAACUGGACAAAUACCAAAACCAUAUCGUCGUGGUUCAUGGCGUCCAAUUGGACAUAUGAGACCAUCUUCACCGUUAUUAGAUAGUGUCCGUGAUCAAUUUGAAGAUUAUGAUCAAUUAGCCAAAGAUUUUACACGAAUGUUCUUAAAUACUGAACAAAAUUCUGCAAUUAAUUCACAAUUAUUUGAUGUUACAUUUAUGGUUGGACAAUCGAAACAAAAAGUGAAAUUUAUUGGUGUGCGAGCAAUAUUAGGUGUACGUAGUCGUGUCUUUCAAGAAAUGUUGUAUGGAAUACAAACAGGCUUUGGUUCACCACAAGUGCCUGUUGCUGAAUUAUUAGCACGUCCAGUUCCUACAUUAUUAUCACCACAACAAUCUAGUCGACCAAAAAGUAGUAAUUUUUUACAGGUACCUGAUAUUGAAUCACCAAGACCUAAAUCAGUACCAAAUUCACCAAUGGUAAAGCGUGCAUUCUCACGUUUAGGCACAAUAACAGCUGGUUGGGGACGAUCCAUACGUAAACAACAUAAUACACAACAAUUAUCUGCUGAAGAUAAAAAGAAAUGGUCAUCGAGUCAAGAUUGUUCAAAUAAAGAUAAUAAAGACAAAGAUAACAAAGAUAAUAAAAAUUUAAAUGUAGCAUUGGCUGUACCACGUUUAUCUGUAUGUGCAGAUGCACAAAAAGUUGAUCGUGCAAAAUUAGCACAAACUGAAUUCUCAAUAAUCGAAUUUGAUCCAGACACAUUUCGAAUAUUAUUAGAUUAUUUACAUACGGGAUCAUGUCCAUUAACAUGCGCAACAAUACCUGGUUUAAUAUGUGCAGCUGAACAUUACGAUUUACCUGAAUUGUUACAAGCAUGUUUUCAUCAUGCUAAACAACAUUUACGUAUAGAUGUUGUAUGCAUUAUGUUAUGUUCAUUAGAGAAUUAUUAUUGGAGAUAUACAUCAGCAUCAGAAUUAGUCAAUAUGAUAUUAGCAUUUGUUGAAACUAGAGCAUAUCAAUUAUUUCAUACACCUGAAUUUUUAAACCUUAGUGAAUCUAUGGUACAAAUGAUUAUGUGCAGAAAUUUAGAAGUACCUGAAGUUAGAAAAUUUGAAGCAAUGUUAAAUUGGACACGACAUAAAAUACGUACAAAAAUGUCACAUAAAAGUGAUGAUAAAAAAGAAUUUAAAUGUACGAUGGAACGUCUGGCACGUGAUUUAAAACUAUAUAGAAUUACACCACAAGAAUUAAUCAAAGUUGUAUUACCAUCAAAAGCAAUUAAAAAUGAACGUAUAUUAGAAACAUUAAUGUUUCAAGCAAAUAGUGGUAUGUAUCGUAUACAGGACGAUUAUAUUGAAGCAUGUCAGAAGCGUAUUCAAAAACAAGAUUCUAGAUUUAGUGAAUGGGAAUCAUUUGAUUGUGGAUCUUAA